AUGACUGAACAACAAAAUAGCUCAAAAACUAAAAAUGAUAAAGAUUCAUCUAUUGAUUUAAGUACAUUAUCUAUGAGACAGAUCUGUAAAUUAAGUCAUAAAAAACAAAGCUCUAUCAAAAAAUUAAAAGAACUCAAACAACCAUUUAAUCGAUAUUUAGAUGAAGAAUGUAUUGGUGAAAUAUCAAACGAAAAAAGUGGUGAAGAAAAUGGAACAGAACAUAACUCAAGUAAAAGGAGUAAUUUAUUAAAACCAAAAAAAAGUAAAAAAUGGGAUAAAGAAGAAAUAUUAAAAUUAUAUACUGGCAUAAUGAAAUAUGGUGCAGACUUUGGAUUAAUAGAAUUAAUGUUUGAUGGUCGUACUCGAAAACAAAUAAAAGCAAAAUUUAAAGCAGAAGAACGUAUCAGACCAAAAAUGAUUGAAAAAGCUCUAAAUGCUCAACAAACAAUGGAUACUAAUUUAUUACAAGAAACCUUAGACUUAAUAGGAAAACAACAUGAUUUAAGUUCAUCAUCUGAUGAAGUACUUCCUAGGCCUGAUGUAUUUUAA